CAAUGGUCUGCACCACACCACCAGCACCAAUCUCCUUCAUCUUCUUCCUCUGAUAGCUUCACCAUCAUCUUCAUCGUUUUCAUUUCCUUUCACCAGAUUCGAUCAUGGCCAUUGAUUCAGUAACUUCAUCCCCUCUGGGCCCACCAGCCACCGAGAAGGACGCCAAGGCGCUUCAGUUCAUAGAGGAGACGACCAAAAACACUGACGCUGUGCAGGAGAGGGUUCUCACUGAGAUUCUCAGCCGAAACGCCGAAACCGAGUACCUGAAGCGUUUCGGCCUCAACGGAGCGACUGACCGUGACACGUUCAAGUCCAAAAUCCCGGUGGUCACGUAUGAAGAUCUUCAGCCUGAGAUUCAACGUAUCGCUAAUGGUGACCGCUCUCCCAUCUUGAGCUCUCAUCCCAUCUCUGAAUUCCUUACCAGUUCUGGGACUUCAGCCGGUGAGAGAAAACUGAUGCCUACGAUUCACGAAGAAUUGGACCGUCGCACGCUACUGUACAGCUUGCUCCAGCCCGUGAUGAAUCUUUACGUGCCCGACUUGGACAAGGGAAAGGGAUUGUACUUUUUGUUCAUCAAGGCCGAGACCAAGACUCCCGGCGGGCUAUUAGCCCGUCCGGUUUUGACGAGUUACUACAAGAGCGAGCACUUCAAGACCAGGCCGUACGACCCCUACAAUGUCUACACCAGCCCCAACGAAGCCAUUCUCUGCUCCGACUCGUUUCAAAGCAUGUACGCCCAAAUGCUUUGCGGCCUCAUCAUGCGCGAGCAAGUCCUCCGCGUAGGGGCGGUCUUCGCCUCCGGCCUACUCCGAGCCAUCCGUUUCCUUCAGCUCAACUGGCAACAACUAGCCGAAGACAUCAAAACCGGAAUUCUAAACCCUAAAAUCACAGAUGCUUCUAUCCGGGAGAAGAUGGUGGAGCUUUUGAAACCCGACGCGGAGCUGGCGGAGUUCAUCAAAAAGGAGUGUGAAGGAGAGAAUUGGGAGGGGAUAAUCCCCAGGAUUUGGCCCAACACGAAGUACCUCGAUGUGAUAGUCACCGGUGCAAUGGCUCAGUACAUUCCAACACUGGAUUACUACAGCAAUAGCCUACCCAAGGCUUGCACAAUGUACGCUUCUUCUGAAUGCUAUUUUGGCCUGAACCUUAAGCCGAUGUGCGACCCUUCUGAAGUGUCAUACACCAUCAUGCCGAUGAUGGGCUAUUUCGAGUUCAUUCCACACGAUCCAUCUGCUCCUCCUCUGUCCAAAAAGUCACCUCCAAGGCUCUUAGAGCUUGCUGACCUGGAAGUCGGAAAAGAAUACGAGUUGGUCAUUUCCACAUACGCUGGACUGUGCCGUUACAGAGUCGGAGACAUUCUCCAAGUCACCGGCUUCUACAACGCCGCGCCACAGUUCCGGUUUGUGAGGAGGAAGAACGUUUUGCUGAGCAUUGACGCCGACAAAACCGACGAGGCGGAGCUCCAAAAAGGCAUUGACAACGCCACCGAACUCCUCCAUGAAUUCAACACUUCUGUGGUGGAGUACACAAGCUACGCCGACACCAAAACAUUCCCAGGACAUUACGUCAUUUACUGGGAGUUGAUGGUGAAGGACCCGUCUAUCAGUGCCCCAAGCCACGAGGUUCUUGACCGGUGCUGCCUUGUCAUGGAGGAGUCCCUAAACUCUGUGUACCGGCAAUACCGAGUGUCUGACAAAACAAUCGGGCCGCUCGAAAUUAGGGUUGUGAAGAGUGGCACAUUCGAGGAGCUCAUGGACUACGCCAUUUCCCGCGGCGCAUCGAUUAAUCAGUACAAGGCGCCGAGGUGCGUGAACUUCUCACCCAUCAUGGAGUUGCUGGACUCUAGGGUUGAAUCGGUGCACUUCAGCCCGGCGCUGCCACAUUGGACCCCGGAGCGACGCCAUUGAAGGUAGAAGAUAAGAAAGGGAAAGGACAGGGGCUUGCUUUGGCAAUUCUAAGCUUUUUAAAAGUGUCUUUUCUUAUAUGAUAUUUCUUUGUCUGUCUGUGUAAUAAGUUGAAGUAAUCUGAUGAUAUGUGUUUGCUUGUCCAAUGGUAUCUUUGUCUUUGCUUUUCCAUGAUCAGCUUUCUCUUUAAAGUUGAGGGAAAAAAGUGUAGGAGUUGGUGCUGAUGUACCGGUCCGAUCCGGUUCACAAUAUGUAAAUUAAUCUAUUGAUGAAUCAAAUGCGUGUAAUAUUAUUGUUUAUGUUAAGA